CAUUAAAAUUAAAAAGUCUGCAAUGAAUAAAAUAUUUUAAAUCAAAUAUUUUGAUGAUUACAUAUUAGCUUAGAAGAAUAUAUGUUAAUGAAUAAAAAAAUGAAAAAUAUGUGGUUUAGUAUUACUAAUAUGUUAAACCGAAGCGAACCAAGAAACCGAUGUGUUUUUGUAAUUAUUUAUAUUAAAAAUAUUAGUAAUACCAUAUCAGUAAUUAUUAAAAAUAUGUGGUUUAAAACUGAACCGAACCGAACCAUUCAGGUUGGGAAAAUCUUCAACCGAAUGACUUGAAAUAGACUUUAGUUCGGUUUGAAUCGGUUUCGGUUCGGUUGGUUCGGUUUGACUCGGUUCGGUUUGGUUUUUUUGUCCACCCCUACGUGCCCCCACUAUUUUCUCAUUUUUCUAGUACUUUCGUAUUUUUCUAAGAUAAAGCUACAUAAUAGUUAGAUAAUUGUGAAAAACUUCUAUUGGUGCACCCAUUAAUUGUUUUUCUUUACCUCAUGCCCCCACUAUAAUUAACUUCUAGCUUCGCCCCUGUUUGUACCGUAUUUUUUGUAAUUAAUAUAAUAGAUGUGAGAGUAGACAAGUUGGGGGUUGUACAUUUAAUCAAAUUGAUUAUUAGUUUAGAUUGGAAUUCUGUCUCCCAUGUCCACAUUAUUAGGCUAAAAUUAGAGAUAUAUAUUUCCCUCCAUAAGCGUUUACUUUCAGAGUUUCUUCCCUCGAUUCCAAAUCCUUCUCGGAUUCGUGCACAUCUCGCUUAGAUUUUAAAGGAUCUUUGAUUCCAAAGACAUUCUCAUUUCAUUCUUGGUUACCUUAAUAAGUUUUUCAGCAGAUGGAAGCCCAAAAUGCCCAAAGGAGGAGUUAUCAGGUGGUUAUAGCAGCAACGAGAGACAUGGGUAUUGGUAUUGAUAUGAAACUUCCUUGGGAUUUACCCAAUGAAUUUCAGUUUUUCCAAGAUGUAACAAGUAGGACAUCUGAUCCUCGUAAGAGGAAUGCAACUAUCAUGGGAAGAAAGUCAUGGGAAGCUACUCCUCUCGAGUUUCGUCCCCUUCCUGAUCGCCUAAACGUUGUCCUCACAAGAUCUAACUGUCACAGUAUCCCCACUGAUGAUGAUAACGUAAUGGUGUGUGGUAGCAUGGAAUCGGCUCUUGAACUUUUAGCCAAACCGCCUUAUUCAUUUUCCAUCGAGAAGGUCUUUUUCAUAGGAGGCGGCGAGUUGUUAAGGCAUUAUAUGAAUGCACCAAGCUGUGAUGCUAUCCACCUAACAGAAGUUGAUUUAACCGUGCCAUGCGACACAUUCGCACCGAGGGUGGAUACUUGUCUAUACCAUCCAUGGUACUCAUCACUUCCAGUUGUGGAAAAUGGAAUUCGAUAUUGCUUUAACACUUAUGUUCGAAGAAAAGAUCUCAUUUUUGGAUCUGUUGGGAAAAUUACCCAAUAUUGAUGAGAUGAAAAUGAGAUUUAGACAACUAAGAGAUUUAAGAAGAAGUCUCUUAAUAUUUAGGAAAAUGUUUACUACAAAGAUUUUGUUUUUGGAAACUCUCUCUUACAAAUAUUUUCUCUCUUUGUUUUCUUUCUUCUUGGAUGAUACAAAAUGAAUGGGGGGAGUGGAGGUAUUUAUAGCCUCCAUGAUACAAAAUAUCUCAAAUAUUUUAAUCAUAAUUCUAGAUAAUUCUUUUAUAAUAUCUAGAUUAUUUUAUUCUAAUUAUCUAGAUUUUUCUAUAAAAAAUAUCUAGAUUUUUUAUCUUAAGGAGAUGGAGGAUAUUCUAGAAUUUGGGUUAAGAUUUGAGCUAAAUAUGAUUAGUAAAAUAUUAGCCCAAACAUAUGACCCAAAUCAAAUUUACUUCUCAACACCCCUUCUUAUUUCUUCUUCUUGGGCUAAUGAGGGAAAUCCAACAAAUCUCCCCCUUCCCGAUUUAGCCCGAAACAGUUGCCAUACCUGUGCCUUUGCAGCAAUCUUCAAACUUCUUGAGCGGUAAUACCUUGGCCAUAACCAGUUUUGGUCGGUGUGUACCUUUGUGAGAUGUAUGAGCUUCUCUUCGAGAACUUCCCGGAUCCAAUGAUGCCGGAUAUCGAUGUGCUUUGAGCUAGAGUGAAAUGUUGGAUUCUUUGCUAAGUGAAUAGCACUUUGGUUGUCACAUAACAUGUUGUACUUUUCUUGCUUCACUCCCAGAUCAGAUAAGAAGUUCUUCAUCCAUAUCAUCUCUUUGCAUGCUUCCGUUGCUGCAAGGUACUCUGCUUCUGUGGUAGACAAGGCAACACACUUUUGUAACUUUGAUUGCCAAGAAACAGCUCCCCCUGCAAAGGUAGUUACAAAUCCUGAAGUUGAUUUUCUUGAGUCUUUAUCACCAGCCCAAUCUGCAUCGGUGUAACCGCUUAACUCCAAUUUUCCAUUGCCAAAACAUAGACACUUCUUCGCUGUGCCUCUUAGAUAGCAUAGGAUCCACUUAACUGCUUUCCAAUGCUCUUUUCCUGGAUUUGCUAGAAAGCGACUCACAACUCCUACUGCAUAGGCAAUGUCUGGUCUGGUGCACACCAUGGCAUACAUGAGACUGCCUACUGCUGAUGCAUAUGGGGUAGUCUUCAUUUCCUCUUUCUCCUUCUCACUUGUUGGACUUUGCUUCGAACUUAGCUUGAAAUGUCCACCAAGUGGAGUAC